AUGCCUCUCACAGACGCACUGGCCGGCAAGCCAUACGCUCAGCUAUCGGCCCAUGUUCCCAACGCGACAACGACACCUGACGGCGCCUUUAGCUGUUUCGGCUGCGGUCGCGAUGGCGGCGAGAAGGCGUCGCCGCCAGGUCACAGACGCGCACGCCUGCUCGCCAAAUUGAAGAGCCCGCUGCGCCUCUUUCGCCACGCCGAGCCGGCGGCCGAGCCGUCUGGCAUAAGUCGUCUGGCCACAGUGCGGGCCAAGGCGGUCCGGCUCGCCGCUGCUCUCUGUUUAGGCAAGGCCGCCGCGGCGACGACGUCGCCCGACGAGACCACAGCCCUCGCGGAGGAGCAUGUGCGAGAGCAGGGCCGAGGCGCGACCGGGGACGAGGACGAAGAUGAGGUCGGAGCCGAGAGCGAGAAUGACCAUGGUCGCCUGUACGGAGACGGGAACGAGGACGAAGACCUCGAAGAAAAGUCAUUUGCGUAUCUGCCGGCGACUUUUCAAAGCUUCAACUUCCUCGACGACCCGCAGGAAGAAAAACUGCCGUUCAUCGCUGGCCACCAUCGCGUUGUCGACUCGGCCCAGUCGAUCCACUACUGGACCAACCGCUACCUGGCACUCUACGACUGCUAUGUGUAUGCGCCGCCACCCGACAGCGACUACGAGGAGAAUAGCGAUGCCGAGUCUGAGGCCGAGUCCGAAGUCGAGUGCAACGACGGCGCCUCAGACUACCACUACUACGCCACCACCAGCCUCCGCCUCUUUCGCAUGCUCGAGACGUUUUGCAUCACCGUCGAGGCCCGCGAAAGCCUGUACGAGUUCGAGUGCCAUUUUGCUCAGCACCACAGUUUCCUCACGCCACCGUUCAGCGGCACUUAG